AUGGCGCCCAGCCGGGUUGCCGCCCUGCUGUUGGUGGCGCUAUGUUUGGCUGCCCUCGCUUCUUUCGCAGAUGCCAACAAGGCCGCCCCUGCCAAGCACAUCUCGAAAGUCUCCCUGCUCUUUGCCUGCCAUCUAGACGUGGGGUUCCACUCGGGCGGGCCCGAGCCUGGCUACGACAACUUUGUGAUCAGCCGCUACUUCAACGAGUACUUCCCGAGGGCGGCCCAGGUUGCACAGCAGCUGCGGGACCGGCCCGGCAGCCCCGAGCGCCUGGUGUUCCUCACCCACAGCUGGCUGGUCAGCCUGUUUCUCGACUGCGCCGCCCGCAUCGGCAUCCAGUGCCCCAACGCCACCACCGUGGCCGACGUCAGGCAGGCGGUGCAGCAGGGCGACAUCGUGUGGCACGCGCUGCCGCACAACGCCCAGGUCGAGCUGUACGAUGCCAGCCUGCUGCAGUUUGCUGUGCGCAUGACGCAUGAGUUGGACCGAGCCUUUGGCCUUCCGCCCAAGGUCACCGCCAGCCAGCGCGACGUGCCGGGGCUGACGCGGGCCGCGGUGCCCAUCCUGGCUGACGAGGGCGUCAAGGCGAUCUCUGUGGGCGUGAACGGCGGCUCAGCCCCGCCGGCGGUGCCCAAGAACACGCCCUUCAUCUGGCGGGACCUGCCCAGUGGGAAGCAGCUGCUGGCCAUGUGGCACCCGGGCGGCUACUCGGGCUUUCCAGUGGACUCACGGGACGAGUGUGUGCAGGUGGAGGGCCUGCAUCACGCCAUGUGCUUUGCAUGGUCUGGAGACAACACUGGCCCCCCCACAGCGGAGGAGUUGCUGGACAUCUGGAAGCGAGUGCAGCAGAACUUCCCCAAGGCCAAGGUGGCUGCGGCUGGGUUUGACGGCUUUGUGGCUGACCUGGAGGCCGCCGCCCCCGGUCUCAAGCUCCCGGUUGUCACGGCAGAGAUAGGCGACACGUGGAUCCACGGUGCCGCCUCCGACCCAGCCAAGCUCUCAGAGUAUCGUGCGCUGCUGCGCAUGCGUACCGCCAGCCAGGAGCGGUACGAUGACGAACCAUUCAAGAAGUUCAGCAGGCUGCUGCUCAAGGCACGCGAUGCUCGCUGCCUGCGCUGUAGCCUGCUGUGUUGCCAUCUGCUGCUCACCGUCACAACGGUCAACCUGUCCUGCUUGCAAGUGCAGAUGCCCGAGCACACGUUUGGCGUGGACACAAAAGAGUACCCUGGGGAGUGGGACAGCUGGAGCAACAAAGCGGCGUCUGGUGCAGACCUCCAGGAGCAGCUGUUCAACAAGCGGAAGGACAACCCAUUCCUCGUGGCGGUGGGCAGCUGGGUGCGCCACCGAGCCUACUCUCUGUGGGCUGUGCAGGAGCUGGGCGCCAGCCCGGAGGGCUUCCGUGCCUGGGGCAUCCUGUCCACGCUGCAGGAGGGCAAGGCGCCGCCCACGCCCGGCGCCGCCAACACCAGCUUCAAGCGGUGCAGCCUGCAGGAGCCGCUGCGGUUUGAGUCGGAUUCGUGGCAGCUGGAGCUCUCCAACAUGACUGGGGCCAUUGUGGGGCUCAGCUUCAAGCCAGCUGGCGCCGGCGGCCAGCCCGGCAGCACCCAUCCCAGCAGCAGCAGCCCGUCGCCCUGGGCCAGGCUGCUGGCAGCGCUGCGCCUGCCGGGUAGCGGCCUGUUUGCGGCAAGCGGCGGCGGCGGGGACGGCGGCGGUGGCAGCAGCUGGGCCGGCUUCAACGCCCCGCUCGCGCUCCCUGUGUACAGCACCUAUGCAGAGGAGGACUACGACGCCAUCUGGGACAGCUACAGCUACUUCCCCCGCGACCGCCUGGCAGACUGGUUCUACAAGGACUUUGGGAAGCCCAACGCCACGGUGAAGGGCGGCGCGCGGCGCGCAGAGUACCUGCCGCAGGCGCAGGAGGUCUGGUGGCGCCGCAGCGACGAGGGCGGCCUGCACGUCACCGUCAAGGCAACGUUUGAUGACUAUGCGGUGACGCACGCAGGCGCUCCCAGGGCCCUGUGGACCGAAAUCAGGUGGGUGGGCGCGGCACACGGCCAGCUGCCAGUGAAUUCCAGCACUUGGCUGAUGUGGAAGCUGGGCCAGCCCAUCUCCCCGCUGGAGGUCAUCCGCAACGGAAGCCACGGCCUGCACGCUGUAGGGGACGAGGGCAUCAGCGUGGACAGCGCAGACGGCCGCCGCCGCCUGCACAUCCGGUCGCUGGAUGCGGCGGUGGUCAGCCCCGGGCGCCAUACGCCCUUUCCCAGCCUCAGUGUGCCGCCCGAACUGCUCUAUGGCGCGUCCUACUGCCUCAGCAACAACAUUUGGGGAACGAACUUCCCCAUGUGGUUCCCGUACCAGACAGGCGAUGCCAACAUGCGGUUCAGGUUCGUGCUGCAGCUGGAGAGCCUCACGCCGGCAGCGGCCGAGGCGUGA